AUGGAAGCCUCCUCAUUUUCCUUUCUUAGCCAAGAUAUUGAUGGCCACAACAAAUUCAAUUUGGAAAAAGACGAGGCUAACUGCGACGACGAGGGCACAAAGAGGCGCAUAAUCGGUAUAGAACACUCGUCGACACCAUUCACUGACAUUCUAGAUCCGUUGUUUUUUCUUGACAAACAGGAAAAAGACGUCCAAUCCCCGAAAAGUGAUGAAGCAACAAUUCUCGACAACAAUGCGUCAGAGAACCUUUCUGACAGUGCCGGAUCGUAUACCCAGCCUUGGGUGAAGAGCCCAUCCACGGCAUGGUGGGAUAAAUUCAAUAAUCCCGAUUUACCAGAUCAGGAAUAUCGUCAAGCAUUUCGUAUGGGCAAAUCGACCUUUGAUUUCAUAUGCAACGAGCUUGAAUCCACCAUUACAAGAAGGGACACAAUGCUAUGUCAGGUCAUUCCCGUCCGUCAGCGAGUCGCCAUCUGCUUAUGGCGUCUAGCCACGGGUGAACCACUUCAGCUCGUAUCUAAACGGUUCGGUAUCUGUAUCUCCAACUGUCACAAGCUUGUGAUGGAGGUCUGCUUCGCGAUAAAGACCAUCCUCAUGCCCAACUUCAUCAUUUGGCCUGAUGAGCAUAGAGUCAAACAAAUAAACGACGAGUUUGAUUUCUUCUCGGGGAUUCCCAAUGUGGGUGGAUCAAUGUACACUACCCACAUCCCGAUUAGAGCUCCAAGUGAGAACCACUCAGAAAUAUAUUUGCGCAAGAUUGAUAGUAAUAAUAAAGCCUCCUACUCAUCCACAAUCCAAGGAGUUGUUGAUCCUAAUGGUGUAUUCACGGAUCUCUGCAUAGGAUGGCCGGGAUCCAUGAGUGACGAAAAUAUCUUUGAAAGAUCAAAAAUGUAUCAACAUAUCAACUGGGGACUCUCACCGACUAGCAAAAGCUGGAUAGUCGGCGGUUCCAACUAUCCACUAACGGAAAGUGUUUUGGUCCCUUACUCAAAUGAAAAUCCGACAUGGAUGCAACAUUCAUUCAACCAGAAAAUGGCAGCGGUUGAGGGUGUGGCCAAGGAAGCAUUCGCCCGUCUCAAAACAAGGUGGGCCUGUCUGCAGAGGGAAACAGAGGUGAAGCCAGUUGAUCUGCCUACGAUUCUAGCAACAUGCUGUGUUUUGCAUAAUAUAUGUGAGAUGAGAGGCGAUACUAUAGAUCCUGAAUCCAAGUUCAAGCUUGUUGACGAUAAAAUGACGCCAGAGAAUGCCCCAACAUCUGCAGUAUUGAUCCAGGCUAGAGACCAGUUAGCUUCCAAAGUCUUGUAUCAAAACCAAAACAUUCGCUAUAUUUAG